UCCGUGCCUCUGCAGUGAGCGACCACCACCAUUCAUACACCUGUUUUGUUGGGGUAUGCUGAGUGACACACGGAGCCCGCCCCCUGCGCUUGUCCUUUCUUUAUAAUUGGCUCGACACUGGCGUGUAUGGAAAUUUCCCCGCGCGACCCUUGGCUCGCACUUGACCGUCGGCAGAAUGCGCGAGGCCACAGGCGGACAGAGGCUCAGCCGGCAGCACGGACGACAGCUGCUUCCGUGAAGCGGCGGCCGUAGACCCACGUCACUCACCAGCACCUCCCGGGCAGAGGGCGACAACAUGCCGCGGUCUUUCCUGGUAAAGAAACAUCCCUGCACCAAGAAACCCAACUAUGGAAGACUGAACUCCCAGCCUGAGGAGGCCCCCUGUUGCACCCAUGAAGACUCUCUUCUAUACAGUGAGAUCCUCCCUCACCAUCAUUGUCCAGCCCAGAGCCCAUGGCUAGAGCAGAAAGGCCAGUCUCCCUCCUCCUCCUCCUCCUGUCCUCUUUCUCACAGAGCAGACCGACUGCAUCUUCCAUCUUCUCCAAACACCUCACCUCUCUCCUUUUCAGGCCACUCUUCAGAGGCGUACAGUAGCAUCCCUGUAGAGGCCUACAAACCAGCUGAAUCCUGUACCAAAGUGAACCUGGAAAUCCAGCGUGCCGCAGGAGACCACAGGAGGAGAGAGAGCCUCCUCCCUUCUUCCCUCCCUCUCCUGGCUCUCUUUCCAGCCAUGACUCCUGGCAGCAGCAGCCAGGAGAGCUUGGAGUGUUUGGACUGUCGUAAGGACCUCUUGAGCUUCUCGGGCCUGGCCAAACGCAAGCAGCUCCAGUGUGAGUGGAGCAGUAAGAAGGACUUCAGCUGUAAGUACUGUGAGAAGGAGUACGUCAGCCUGGGAGCGCUCAAGAUGCACAUCAGGACACACACACUGCCCUGUGUGUGCAAACUCUGCGGCAAGGCAUUCUCCAGACCCUGGCUGCUCCAGGGACAUAUAAGAACACACACAGGAGAGAAACCGUUCUCGUGCCUCCACUGCAGUCGAGCUUUUGCAGACCGAUCCAACUUGCGAGCUCACGUCCAAACCCACUCUGAGGUGAAAAAGUACCAGUGUGCAAGCUGCUUCAAGACCUUCUCCAGGAUCUCGCUGUUGGCCAAGCACCAAGAAGCAGGCUGCCCGCUGUCCUGACUGCCUGCGGACGUCAACCUGCUCCAGAAUACCCUUUUGUAGAGUCUGAACCACAGUGUUUUUGGGACAGUGUCAAAAGACCCGCUAGGAUCUUUGCAUAACUGUGUGUGGCUCAUGAAACCACAUGCCUGAGCUGAGUAAAAAAGCUGUGAUGACACUUUGAUGACAGCGUUGUUUUAUUUUACAGAAGACAUCAUUUUGUAUUAUCUCUAACGUCCCAUCAGAGACCACAUCCUUAGUUACCUAAGUGUAUAUGACAAACAAACGAUUUUUUUAUUAGGCUAAGGGUUUCCAGUGAGUCAGUAGAAAUGGAACAGCCACACGGGUAUGUUGAUGUUUUGCUCCUUUUUCCUGGUAACAGUGACGUUGGCUGACUGACUAGCACUAGUACUUUCAGUUAGGCCAAGGGCCCACUACACUGUCUCAGUCAUUAUAGAGUGUUGUCCAGAGAUACAGUGUAUUUUACAAAAAAAGUGAUUUAAUGCCAAAUUCCAGCGGUAGACGUGCUACAGGUAUUCAGAACGGGUCAGGCUUCUGUCUCAUCAGCUGGAUUGGCAAAUACCAGACUCAGUAUUCAGUUACAUUAAGUUAGUAUUGAAUCACAUCAAGAUUAUGAUAUACUUUAUAUAGUUAAACAAAACUGCAUUUUGUUUGAAAUAAUCCUAAGGUGUCUGGUUGAAGUACUGAAAAAACUUCAAGUUAGCUGUUAAAACACUGCAAUGUUAAAUUGUAUAUUUUUGUAUUGAAAAUGCUUGUUCAAUUGAUUAAAAAAAUCCUGACCUUUU